AUGUCUGUUGGCAGCUCUAACAGUAGUUCAGAAAACAAUAACAAUGUUGGAUCUGAUCAAUCUGCCAAUGAUACUAAACUCUCAAAAUGUAAAUGCUUCAAGGAGUCAAUGGCCUCAAUGAUAAGAAGAAUUAGUGAAUUUAUUGAGGCCUUGCUGCAAACAGAAAACCCUAAAAAUCCUUGA